UGGACUUCCAGAAGCCAACAGGUAGGCCAUGUUCCCCGCCAGUGUUUAUUGUUGCUGACUUGGCACGUGGGAGCGCUCUAAUCUGCCCGGAGACGCCGGCCGGCUUGACGACCUCGUAAAGAUCUCAAGAUGUGCAGACCAGGACAAGUUUGUGGACCCAGGGAACGACGACCAAUUGGUGUGAAAAUGACCCAACACGGGUGUUGCGUCAUCGCUGUGCUGGUCCUGCUGAGGUCCGGCGUGGGCUCUUCCCUGUGGACGGACCCCCCCAUCCACGAGGACCACCCCUUCCUGUUCACCUGGAACGCCCCCACCGAGCUGUGCGAGUCCCGCUUCGCCGUCCCCCUGGACCUGUCCCUCUUCCACCUGGUGAGCAGCACGCUGAAGACGGCCACCAACCAGAGCGUCUCCAUCUUCUACACCGACCGCUUCGGCAUCUUCCCCUACGUGGACGAGGACACGGGCGAGUUCGUGGAGGACGGUCUCCCGCAGCUGGUGGACCUGCAGGAGCACCGCGAGCUGGCCGAGGACGACGUGGAGUUCUACAUCCCCGACGACCAGCCGGGCCUGGCCGUUCUGGACUUCGAGGAGUGGCGGCCGCAGUGGGCCAGGAACUGGGGCAGCAAGGACAUCUACCGGCAGAUCUCCGUCCAGCGGGUCAAGAACAGGAACGCCUCCCUGACCGACGACGAGGCCGAGGAGCGCGCCAAGAUGUUGUUCGAGCGCGCCGCCGAAAGGUUCUUCCUGCGCUCCCUCCGCAUCGGGAAGAAGCUGCGGCCCCGCCGGCUGUGGGGGUACUACCUGUACCCGGACUGCUACAACUACGACUACCACCAGGACAUGGACGCCUUCACCGGGGAAUGUCCCGACCUGGAAAAGCGGCGCAACGACGAGCUGCUGUGGCUCUGGAGCGAGUCCACCGCCAUCUUCCCCUCCAUCUACCUGGAGCUGGUGCUGCAAGACUCCGCCCAGGCGCGCCUCUUUGUGCGCCACCGCCUACACGAGGCCCUGCGGGUGUCGGCGCUCGCCAACGCCUCCUACGCCACCCCCGUCUACGCUUACAUCCGGCCCGUCUACAAGGACAGCACGGACGACUACAUGUCGGAGGUGGACCUGGUCAGCACCAUCGGGGAGGCGGCGGCCCUGGGCGUGGCCGGCGUGGUCUCCUGGGGCGACAUGAACGUGACCGACAGCGAGGACUCCUGCUUGGCGGCCUGGCGCUACCUGCACUACGUCCUCAACCCCUACAUCCUCAACGUCACCACGGCGACCAGGCUGUGCGGCCAGGCGCUCUGCCAGGGCCGAGGUCGCUGUGUGAGGAAGCGUUGGGACCAGGACGUCUUCCUCCACCUGGACCCGCGCCGCUACCGCAUACGCCGCUGGCGCCCCGGCGGCCCACUCAGCGUGAGCGGCGGCCUGUCAAGGGACGACGUGGCGUGGUUCGACCGCCAUUUUGACUGCAUGUGCUACCGCCGUGACGGCUGUCGCUCGCCCCGGACCUUCGAUGACGCCCAGGAGAUCUUCUUCGACGCCCGGACUCGCGCGGGGGGGUCGGCCGCGCAACCCAACCGCUUCCUGCUGGCCACCGUCAUGUUUGGUGUUGUGGUGUGCGCCCCCUGGUGGCUGUGAGCUGUAUCGCCACGACGGCACAGAAACAACCAGGAAGAGAUCCAAUAUUGCUCCGAUAUCAGAAGGUAUACAAACAUUGGAUGAUAUCGUACAGCAGGGGUCACCAACCUUUUUGAAACAAGAGCUACUUCUUGGGUACUGAUUAAUGCGAAGGGCUACCAGUUUGAUACACACUUAAAUAAAUUGCCAUAAAUAGCCAAUUUGCUCAAUUUACCUUUAACUCUUUAUUAUUAAUAAUUAAAGAUAUUUAUCUUUGUGGAAACACUGAUCAUCUUAAUGAUAUAUUUUUGAUGACAUGUUUUAAAUAGGUUAAAAACCAAUCUGCACUUUGUUAGAAUAUAUAACAAAUUGGAACAAGCUAUAUUUCUAACAAACACAAAUCAUUAUUUCUUCUAGAUUUUCCAGAACAAAAAUUUGAAAAGAAAUUCAAAACACUUUGAAAUAAGAUUUAAAUUUGAUUCUACAGAUUUUCUAGAUUUGCCAGAAUAUUUUUAUUUUAUUUUAAUCAUAAUAAAUUUGAUGAAUUAUUUCACAAAUAUUCUUUGUCGAAAAAACAGAAGCUAAAAUGAAGAAUUACAUUAAAAUGUAUUUAUUAUUCUUUACAAUAAUAAAAAAAUUAAUUUACUUGAACAUUGAUUUAAACUGUCAGGAAAGAAGAGGAAAGAAUUGAAAAGGUAAAAAGGUAUAUGUGUUUAAAAAACCUUAAAAUCAUUUUUAAGGUUGUAUUUUUCUCUAAAAUUGACUUUCUGAAAGUUAUAAGAAGUAAAGUAAAAAAAUAAAUGAAUUUAUUUAAACAAGUGAAGACCAAGUCUUUAAAAUAUUUUCUAGGAUUUACAAAAUCUAUUUGAGUUUUGUCCCUCUCAGAAUUAAAAAUGUCGAGCAAAGCGAGACCAGCUUGCUAGUAAAUAAAUACAAUUAAAAAAAAGAGGCAGCUCACUGGUAUGUGCUGCUGUGAUUGACGCACGCCGUCGUUUUGCGGGUUCCAUGGACCCCCAAGGAAGGACAUGACUUUGAGCAGGUCUGACUUGCUUUAUUUUCCCACACAAGCUUGUCCGCGGUCGGGUCGCUCUUCACUGCGUCUCCCGUCUCCCUCUGCCGCUCGCUCCGCCGUCUGCUUUUCAGCAGCACGUACUUCAGUCCUCCCUCUUCUUCUCUCCGUCUCCGUAUGUGUUUUUCUCGCUCUGCACCAUCACCAGCCCCGUUCUCUCCUCCCUCUCCCCUUUUAAAUACGUCAAUCGUGUACAGGUGCGCGAUCCACACACCUGAUCUUGUAUGUGGCGUCGCUCCCGACACGCCCCGCCUCCUCGCCGCCAUCUUGGGGCAGGGUCCAGCGUGCCCUGCCUCUCUGUUGGAUCGUCGGCUCCGCCUCUCCACAGCUGCUAUUUGAGCUAUUUUUAGAACAGGCCAGCGGGCGACUCAUCUGGUCCUUACAGGCGACCUGGUGCCCGCGGGCACCGCGUUGGUGACCCCCGCUGUACAGAAUGUACAAUAUCAUAUUUUACUAAGGUCAUUCAUAAAAAAUAAACAUGAUCGGCUAUUAGGAUACAGCAGCUACAAAAUUAUGAGGAAUCGAUAUUUUUAAAAAAUUCUAACUCAUAAGUUAAAAAGUCAUAAUUAUGACAUAAAAAGUCAAAAUUAUGUGAUAGGAAAGUUGAGGAAAAAAUCCAUUUGGGUAUUUUUAUACAAACCCCGUUUCCAUAUGAGUUGGGAAAUUGUGUUAGAUGUAAAUAUAAACGGAAUACAAUGAUUUGCAAAUCAUUUUCAAUCCAUAUUCAGUUGAAUAUGCUACAAAGACAACAUAUUUGAUGUUCAAACUGAUAAACAUUUUUUUUGUGUACAAAUAAUCAUUAACUUUAGAAUUUGAUGCCAGCAACACGUGACAAAAAAGUUGGGAAAGAUGGCAAUAAAUACUGAAUGCUCAUCAAACACUUAUAUGGAACAUCCCGGAGGCGUGCAGGCUAAUUGGGAACAGGUGGGUGCCAUGAUUGGGUAUAAAAGCAGCUUCACAAACAAGGAUGCGGUGAGGGUCACCAAAUUGUAAGAAAAUGGUCAAACAGUUCUAGAACAAUACUUCUAAAGCGAAUUGCAAG